UUGAAUUUCCACUUUCCAAAAUAUGGAACUUUUGCCAGACGAUUGUUUUGCACACAUUUUAUCAUUCACAUCUCCUCAGGACGUGUGCAGGUCCUCUCUAGUCUCCUCCAUUCUGCAGUCAAUGGCAGAUUCAGAUGCUGUCUGGGAGAAAUUUUUGCCAUUUAAUUAUCAAGAAAUUGUUUCUAGGUUGGUGGCACCAUUACUGCCAUGUUCGUCAAAGAAAGAUUUGUUUGUCAAGUUAUGCAAACCACAACCAAUUGACGACGGUAACAAGAUGUUCUGGAUUGAGAAAAGAACGGGCAAAAUAUGUUACCUGUUGAGCGCAAGGGAGCUUUCAAUUACAUGGGGAAACAGCCUUCUGUAUUGGUCAUGGAAACCCAUUCAAGGAUCAAGAUUUGAAGAAGCUGCUGAGCUAAUAACGACUUGUUGGCUAGAAAUCAAGGGUAGCAUAAAGAGUGGAAUGUUAUCUCCGAAAACAUUGUACGGAGCGUACUUGAAGGUGAGAAUCGCGGAUCGUGCUUACGGGUUGGACUCGUUACCGUCGGAGGUGUCGGUAGAGGUUGGGAAUCGCAACUCCCGAGGAACUCUUUACAUACACUCGCAUUGUAAAACAAACCGGAAAUCGUCUUGUCAUUGUAAUUGUAAGCGUGAAGAUGAGUGGUCGGAGAUUGAGUUGGGGAGUUUCUACACCCAUUCCAAAGAAGAAGAAGAAGAAGAAGAGGUGAGAAUGUGCCUUAAGGAAGUUAAAGGGGUGCAUUUAAAAGGUGGCCUCAUAGUUGAUGGAAUUGAAGUAAGGCCCAAAUUGUUGAAACAAGACUCAACAUGUGGGCCGUAAUGUACAUUCUAGGCCCAAACGGAGUAUGUUUUAUGUAACCCUAGUAAUACCGUAGCCGCGCUCUUUAUAAACCUCGUGUGCGGUGGUCACUCACCCACUUGAAAAAAAAAUAAGAUGGCGUCUGGGUUGUGUUGUGUCCCUUCCUAUUGGGUUUUUUUCUAGUCAGUUCUUUGCAUUGAUUUUCCUUGCAUCUUAUCAAUGUCAUUGGUUGAUUUGUUAUGUUUGUCUGGGAGUGCUGAUUUUUCGUUUUUCUAAU